CGACCAGCCGAAAGCGUGUAUAUCAGACAAAAUAACGGUGGAAAGCGGCGAGCAAAUCGCAAUGAGACGUAUUCGGGCCUGGGGCCAGGACAGCUCAGAGAGAAAACAUGAAACACCGGAACACAGCGAUUCCAAGGAGAAAAGGUCGAUAAAGGAUCGGUUGAGAACGAAGUUCUCCUCGCGGCACUAUGACGAUGAUGAGAUACCGAAGAGGACGGGGGGCGAAAGGUCCAGUUGUCUUGAACCAGUUCAUCAUGGCCAUGUGCCUAGUCGGCCAGGAAGCGCAUCUGAUCGCGUUGAGACUCCUAGAGCAAACUCUGCUUCAUUGAGGGAGUCCACGAAGACGUUAGAAGAGUUGGUGAUGAAAAAUCUAUGGCAAGUCGCCCUCGAGGAAUUGCGAGAAAAGGAGGGGCGCCUGGUUGCGGCGUAUGAGCAGGAUCUGGCCGAAGUGUCCAACAAAAAUCGCAGUGGAGAUAAACAAGUGCAUCAGCAGCUUGUACGCGAAGCUCUUCAAAGAUUGGAGGAUGGCCAGCUCGUCAUACCCAGAAGAUGUCGUCACAGUGCGAUCGGGAAUCACGUUCAGCGCAUCGUCCAGAUUGUUUUGUCUGUCAAGGAUGUCAUAUCGCAGGCAGUUAGCGCGGAACCUCAUGCCUCUCUUGCUUGGGCAGGUGUCCUGGUUGUGCUUCCUCUACUCUUGAAGCCAUUUACCCAGCUCGAAGAAGCAGCAAAUGGUAUCGAGUUCAUUUCCAGAUUGUUGAUUCGAUAUCAAAUCAUCCAAGGCUCUCAUCUCCAGGUAUUCAUCGUACCACCUGUUCAAAGUGAAAGCAUGACUAGCGUCGACAGUUUUUGUAGCUCCAUUCGAGAGCAAACCAUUGCCCUAUAUACGCAAGUCCUAGAGUAUCAGAUACGACUCGCCAGGCAAUUCUCACGGUCGGGGUUGUUUCAGGGAAUCAGAGACCUGGUGACUGCCGAUGAUUGGCUUGGAAUGACCACAAAGAUCAAGCAGACCGACGGGUCAAUCCAUACUAUGUUGGCAGAAUGGUCGCAAAAGACCAUUCUGCAUAUUGAUAAAACAGUUUCGUCACUGCAGGAAAAGAUGGACGAAUCGCUGUCUUUGAGUUGUGGAAUCAAGCAGGAUAUGAAUAUCCACCGCAACGAAACGCUACUCAAGUCCAUCACCUGUGUGACUGGUGCAGCCUAUGGAUUCUACGACCAAGAUAAAGGAACCUGUCUUGAAGGAACGCAGGUGGCUGUUCUCGAGAAGAUUCAAAACUGGAGCAUUGGCCCUGAAGAGAAGCCCAUCCUGUGGCUCCAGGGAAUGGCAGGAACCGGCAAGUCUACAAUCGCCCGAACUGCGGCCGCAUCAUUUCGGAAUGGAACCUCGUUAACGAACCACGGUGCUCUCCCUGACAAUGUUUGCCUUGGGGGUAGUUUCUUCUUCGAUCACAAAAAGCAGGAUUGUAAGGACCCCCGGAACCUCUUCCCGACAUUGGCUCGUCAGUUGGUUGAAGUGAUCCCGGAGAUCCAGGAGUCUGUUUGCGCCGCAAUUUCCAAUCAUCAUGAUAUCCAACAAAGAACACUCCGUGAUCAGUGGAGGUACCUGAUUUGGGAGCCCCUUUCCAUGCUCCAAAGUGAUCUUCGAGACACGGUCAUCGUUGUCAUCGAUGCCCUGGAUGAAUGCGAGGUCAAGGCCAAUAACUGCGAAAACGAUGUGGAGGUGAUAUUAGGGCUGUUGAGUCAGAUACAAAAGCUUCACUUGGUGCGGAUACGUGUUCUUAUCACCAGUCGACCGGAAGCCGACAUGCAACGCCACAGCAGAAGUCUCUCCAAGGACAUUCACGACCAGACGUUGGAGAAGGUGAAACUCGUCAACGACACCGAUGAUCGAGAAGACGACAUCACUCGCUUGGUGAAACACGAGAUGAUUGCGAUCAAAAAGAGUCAUCCCCGCCUGCCUGCAGACUGGCCGGGCACCCAGUCUCUUAGACAGCUCGUCGUCCAGACCGAAGGUCUGUUCAUUUAUGCUACCACGGUCUGCCGGUUCUUGCGUGGGGCUACGGAGCAAACCAUUCAGCGUCGACUCGAAACUAUCCUGGGCAAUAAAUUCGAUGGAAACUCAAAGGGUAACAAUCUCGAUGAGAUGUAUACCAGAAUUCUCGAAAUCAUUCUCACCGGAGAAGCCGACAAUGAUGCGGAGAUGUCAAGUUUGUUCAAACAGGUCGUGGGCUGUAUCAUAGUCCUAUCGCAGCCGAUGUCUCUGAUAGACUUAGGCCACCUCAUUCCCUGCAACAUUCACGACAUAGAAUGGGCUCUGGAGCAAUUACGUUCGGUCAUUGAAGUGCCACAGGAUUCACACCAACAUAUCCAACUUGUCCACCUGUCCUUUCGAGACUACCUUCUUGAUCAUUCAAGAUGCAAGAAUGACCUGUUUUACUUGGAGGAGAAAGAGCGGAAUCACGUUGUCUUCGCAUAUUGCUUGGACUUGAUGACGCGCUACCUGCGACGCGAUAUCUGCUGCCUCCGGGAACCUGGCAUUGAGCUGUCCCAGAUAAACCUGGAGUCAUCGGAGAAUAAAAAGCGGUUCCCGGACAGUGUGCGAUAUGCCUGUAUCUAUUGGGUGGAGCAUCUUGAGCGUAGCGGUGAUGCAUCGUCCGCGGACGAAGCUCGAACUCUGGAUUUUCUUCAAGCCCAUUUUACUCACUGGUUGGAGGCAAUGUGUCUGAUGGAAAUGAUGCCGCACGUAAUCAAAAUAUUCAGGGUUCUCACAUCAAUGAAUAUGAGCGAGAGAAUGGGCAAGUUCCUCUUUGAUGCUAGGAAGUUUACAUCAAACUUCAGGAUGCACAUUGAGAAGAUGCCCCUACAAAUCUAUAUAUCGGCUCUUACAUGUGCCCCUCAAAACAGCAUCAUCCGAAAUUUGUUCGGAAAGGAGAUUCCGGCCUGGAUAACACAGCUUUCGGUGGCACAAAGCGACUGGGAUGCUUAUUCACAUAGCCUUCCCAUACUGGCAUGGGUCCGCUCAGUGGAGUUCUCUCCUGACAAUAAACUAUUAGUAGUGAUCAGCUCAUUCAAGAUUUGGCUAUUCGAGACAGCCACAUGGACGUGCGUCCUGGAGAUCAAUGGGGCCGAUUCCAGCCCAUUGAAAAUUAUCUUCUCUCCAAACAGUACGAGCUUGGCAGUGAUCUUCGAACAUGGAAAUGCUCGGCUAUGGCAUGUGUGUGACAGGAAAUGGAUGGAUCUCGAAGCCCAAUUGGAAAGGAUUGUUGGGAUUCAGUUCUCAGGCGAUGGAAGGGAGCUUGUCUGUUUGUUGGACGACAACACCAUGACUAUAGCCAACGGACAAACUGGUAAUAUCUUAGCCAAGCUCUCACAUGGUGUCACAGCUUUUCGGUUGUUGCAAACUAAUCUAGCUGUUUCCGACGAUGGCCGAUUCAUUGCAAUAGUGGAUAAUACAUCGCAUGUCAACGUCUUCGACCAAAACCGAGGCUCAGUUGUUUACAAUUAUUAUGCUGUCCAUGGUAUUAACAUGAGAUCCAUGUCCUUCUCCCGUGACGGAAGACAUUUGCUAUCUGCAUCCUCCGAUGGCUACGUCAAAUUAUGGGACUCGAAAAACAACGAGCAUUAUGAAAUAAAUACUGGUUAUAGUAUUCUGCAAGCAGUAUUUUUGGCCGACACUGCGGCCGUUGCUAUUGCUCACGAAGAUCUGACAGUUUCCAGGUGGACCUGGAUGACCAUGAAGACAGAAAGACAGGGGAUUGAGUGGCCUCUCGAGGAUAUAAGUGCCUACGGAAAUUGUGAAUUCUUCUUUCAUCAAUCCGGCCCAGUUGCGACAUGCAUGAUGGGCAACGGUGAUGAUGGUGUGUGGAAGAACAUCCGGACCACGUGUGCUCAGAUCAAACACAAAUCCCCGUACGUUACAGCUAUUGCUAUUUCGCCCAAUGGGAGGCUUAUUGCAUCACGUCGAUUGGAGAGUGUCUCGAUUUGGGAAGUGUCCGCACGAGAGGUACAGAGUCAGAGUGCUGACGAUGGUACAGUCUUUUCGGUGGAAGUUUCACCGGAGGGGAAUACGGUUGCCUGGUCUAGUUCAAAUGGAGUCAGACUGUGGAAAGCAUAUGCCGAAGAAUAUACAGAGAUUCAGUUUGGAACCCCAGCUUUUACUGGUAUCCGGCGUCGUCCGCACUUUUCUGCCGACGGCAGAAUGCUCAUACUUUUUUCGAAUGACGGGCAAAUUCGACUCUUGGAUGUAACAACCGGACAACUUCUGGCCAGUAUUCAGCUCUCAAAUGCUGAAUAUCUAGGUAUCGACUUAUCACGGGACAAGACCUUGCUUGCAUUAGCGUGGAAAAAAAUAGGCGAACGUGGGCUCUAUGUACAGAUAACCUUAUGGGAUCUGGCAAAGAACCAAGCUUUCCGCGAGUUCAAGGUGGAUAUGAGAACACCCUGGGAGCCUAUGGAUGUAGUCAUUUCGCCCAACGGCAGCACAAUCGCUGUCUCCACGAUUGGAAAUAUUAGGGUGUAUACCUCCGCGGGAACUAUCAUACACACCUUGAAGGAUGAGGGAUCAUUCUCGCGUUUAGCUUUUUCGGCAAAUGGAGAGCUGAUUGCCUCCGCAGACAGGAAAAUCACCAUAUGGAAUACAGCAACAAUACAGAAGUUGAAAGAAAUCCCGUGUCCAGGCGGUAUUAGCUGGAUCAGCUUCACGGAUGAAGACCGCUUCCUCUCAACCAGCCAGGGGCGAUUCUCUAUCGCCUCCAUUCUAUCGAAUGAUGAUGAUGUGGAUGGAUCUGGGUCCGGGUUAUAUUGCCGUGACUUGUACAUCAUGAAUGGAAGGAAGACGAUUCUUGCCCUUAACCCUGAGCUCACAGCUUCCACGCCCUCAGUGCGCGGGAACAAAAUCGCCCUGGUCUUUCCGCCUGAUCGAGUUGGCAUCUUUGAGAUCGAUACUGAAGUCGACCAAGUCCUCUGAUAUCGUCCAGGCCUUGUCGGUAAUAUCGAUUGUCGCUAUCCGGUACAAUCCUGGCAGGCAUCAAGGUUCGUCAAUAUGAGCCACGGAAGCGUGUCCGUCAUGACAGGUUUGAUAUCCUUCAUAAAAAGGGGGGGGUCAAUACUAGGUAAUCGUGAACGGCAGUAUCGCAGCCAUAUAUUAUGUAGCCGCUGAACGGUAAGAAAUAUGGAAUUAGAUCAGUAUUCACAUAAGGUGCAAGUUGAAAAC